GUAUCUUCCGUGCCUUGUCCUCGGCCUAUACAAGGAUAAUUUAAAAAUCCGCACAUAUCCGGAAUACAGGAUGGAAGUUAACAUCCACACAGAAAUGAGCCAACCUUCAGCUACGACUUGCCGUCAUCGUAGGGGUACCGCCUGUGACGAGUGCCGACGCCGGAAACUGCGCUGCGACGGACAGAAACCUCAAUGUGGACUCUGCCUGGGCACGGGAGUCGCUUGCGUGUUGACCCAGCGGAGUGCGCGAGGACCUAAGAAAGGUCACUUGCGUAAUCUGAAGAACCGACUCGUGCAUCUCGAGGCCUUGCUGGAGAACCGAGUGCCGGCAGAGGAUACGCAACAGGAUCCCCACACCUUUGGCGAGUAUAAUGGCGACCCAUCACUAUUACCCUCGGUAAGAGCUGGCCAUGCGGGUGAGGUUGGCACAUCUGUGCCGUGGAUUUCUGCGGGUACGGUGACCUCCAAUUCAAAGUACGAGCGGCUUCUACAGCCCGGCUUGACACCUAGUGUACCUUCUUUCUCUCAAGGGUCCUUCGUCAGCCCAACUAUAUCCGGCCAUGGCACGCCGUUACAGCGCAUUACCAGUCUUGUGCAGGACGAAUUAGACCAACUUUACCUGGACCGUGUCCAUCAUUCUAUCCCAAUCCUUCAUCAGCGACGAUAUGUCUCCUGGUCCAAAUCCAGUACCAAAACGGAACCGCGUAGAUGCUUACAGUAUGCAAUGUGGACACUAGCCGCAUUGCUCUCCACCCAGUUCCGAGACAUGAUAGAACCGCUGUAUCAGGAGACAAAGCGCAUGCUCGACCAAAUCACUGCUGGAAAAAAUGAGGACAGCAAUAUUGACACCGAAAUUGGCCAAGCCUGGAUUCUUCUCGUCACCUUUGAGUCAAUGCGCACAUAUCAUCGACGGGCAUGGAUGAGCGCCGGAAGUGCGUUCCACUUCGUGCAAGCCAUGCACUAUCAUGAGAUUGACAGCCUGGAUGGCGAAAGAGGCUCGGCUCAUGCUCAGCGUGGUGACUUUAUUGAGGUCGAGGAGAGACGUCGGGUGUUUUGGAUGGCGUACGUUCUGGACCAUAUCAUCAGUAUGCGCGACGACUGGCCAAUCACUCUGAAUGAGCAUGUGGUAAGAAUGACCCCAGCCCAUUAUUAUAUACAGUUUUUUUGUAUUCAGUUUUGUAGAUCUGCACCCGUCUUCCAGCCGCGGAUUCCAAGUUCCAGAACGGAUACCGGGAAUUAGGACCGUUCCUAUCCGAAGCUAUGACGGACUCGACUCUCAUAGUCCGAUCUCCUUUUACCGAGUGCCUCAUCCUCGUUACCAUAUGCGGGCGCAGUCUCCUUCAAAGACAACAGUGUCAAAUAUCCAACGCAUACGGAGAUAUGACAGUCGACUGGACGGAACAGCGGCGAUGACUGGACAGACUCCUCUUGCCAGUGAAGCCAAGCUAAGCC